AUGGCGGAAAAAUCAUGCAUCAAGCGCCUUCAGAAGGAAUAUAGAGCCCUUUGUAAAGAGCCAGUUUCUCAUGUUGUGGCUCGUCCUUCCCCGAGUGAUAUUCUUGAGUGGCAUUAUGUGUUGGAGGGAAGUGAAGGAACACCUUUUGCAGGUGGAUAUUACUAUGGAAAAAUCAAGUUCCCUCCUGAAUAUCCGUAUAAACCUCCUGGAAUCAGCAUGACUACACCUAAUGGACGGUUCAUGACACAAAAAAAGAUCUGUUUGUCUAUGAGUGACUUUCAUCCAGAAAGUUGGAAUCCCAUGUGGUCUGUAUCAAGCAUAUUAACAGGGCUCCUUUCAUUCAUGAUGGACAACAGUCCAACCACUGGUAGUGUAAACACCACCACAGCUGAGAAGCAGCGUCUAGCAAAAUCUUCCCUUUGUUUCAACUGUAAGAACGCAACAUUCAGGAAGAUGUUCCCUGAGUAUGUUGAGAAGUACAACCAGCAACAACUUUCUGAACAGGCUGCUCAAGAGCGGGUUUCAUCAGAGGCGUCUCCUGACAAGAGUUCAAAGCCAGUUUUGGAGAACAAAUUGGAAUCCACAGGAGAAGACGUGAGAAGAGUAGAUGGGUUGAAGGAUAUGAGAAAAAACAGAAAACCAUUUCCUACAUGGAUGAUGUUAUUACUCUUCUCCAUCUUUGGGGUUGUAAUGGCGUUACCACUGCUUCAGCUGUGA